AUGGCUUACACUUAUCUUUGGACAUCAGCCGAGUCAUCAAUGCGUAAGGCAAGGCGUGAACAUGUUCCAGUACUACACGAAACUCUAAAUUCUUUGAAAGAGAUUUUAGAAGAACAAGAAAACUUGAUUCAUUGCAAUGAUCAUCGAUUUUUUCAGGAGUUUAUAGUAGAUGACAAUGGGAAAGCUCAUGUUAUGUUUGCCUGUCCAGAGGUCAUCAAUGAUGUAGUUUUAAAUGAAGGUACAAAAUUGCACGCUGAUGCAACUUUCAAAGUCGUACCAUCUAUGCCCAAAUGCCGGCAGUUGUUUAUGAUGCAUAAUAUAUUAUUCAAAAUCACUCUGUUCCAAUAUGUUAUGUUGUAA